AUGCGUGCUGUCAGUUUUCUUGCUCGACGUAUGGCUCUUGCCUCUGGCCGUCGUACCAUGGCUUCUUCACAUGGCCAUAACUACCCACAUGGAAUGCAUUUUCACGUGAGUCCUGUGCACAAGAACUUGGCGUUAGCGUAUGGCACGAUGCUCUGGCUCUGGAUCUUCUGGCGGGCCAAACAGGACGGGCUUGCUGUGUUAGGUUUCGAGCACCCGUGGGAACACGGUCACCACGAUGAAGCUCACUUGGAGGCAUCAAACGCGGGAAAUUAUUUGCUCGUGGAUGGUAAGAUCACGUACAGACGCUCGGAAAUUGGCGUUAUGCCGAUGCCUGUGGAUACUGAUGAAGACGAGGAACAGGAGGAGGGGGUGGAGGUGGACGGCGACGUCCUUGAUGACCUUUACGACGAGGACGAUGAAUAA